AGUCGCGUCGCGAAACUAGCGGAGAUCGGUCGCGUCUCGCGAACACAGAGUCGACAUAAAAAAAUUAUACCCAAACACGUGUGAUUCGAAUUCGAUAAAUUCAAAAGUGACGUUUCAACUUUUUAAUUUUAUAGUUACAUCGUAGUGUUGUGCCUGUAAACAGCCAAUGGAAAGUUUGUUUGAAAAAGUUUUUAUUGAUGUAUGAAAAAAGUAAAAUUGUAGUGACUUUGUCGUGGUUGCCAGAUUAUUAAGAUUAAAAUAACCUGGCAUAUUUUGGUCGAGGACACAGUAUCGCGAGACAGUUGAACUGUACUUGAUAUAUGGAUCGCAGUUUUCGUGUAUGUGCUUAGUGAAAUUGUUUAAUCGGAUGGACAUCUUACUUUUGCUACUAACAGGUGACCUGCCCCCGAGUGCCUGUAAUUAAGAUUUUAUAUAGUGGCGCGAAUUAAUUAACUCAAGACAGAAAUUAAUGGAACAAUUAAUUCUAUAAAAACAUAUCUUGGAUCCCACUCUAAGACAAAUUAAGUGAAAAAUCUGUGGUGAAAAAUCUCUAGUGAUUUCAAAAAGUAACUAAUAUAAUUAUAACGCUACAAAAAAACAGGUGUUAUAAUAAAAUAUUAGUGUUACAAAAAAUAUUAGUGUUAUAAACUGUCAAAGUGUCAGUGAACUUGUGUAAAAUAGUGUUGAAUAGUGUAUAGAUAGUGAAUAAGAGUAGCAAUGCUUUGCUAGAGUGGUGAUAUUGAUGAUUUUGCUACCGUCAUCACGAAUGCGGGCGGGCGGCCCCUCCGGCCGGCAGGUCAAUGACAUCGCCGGCACUUCUUGUGCUUUCCUUGGCCCUUGUUUGCUCCACCGCCGGCCUGAUUUCGGAACGAGCUGAUCAUGACAACCGGCCGCAAAGCAAACUGAGCCUGUCAAAUUAUGACAUAGAUGUACGGAGCAAAUGGACCAAUAAUUUCGAAAGAAAAUAUAUAAACUACAUCGAAACGGUAGAUGAAGUUAAGACUAGUAAUAAUAACAAUAACAAUUAUAAAGGAAAUGAAAUACAAAUGAGAAAUUUAGAUAUACAUAGAAGUAAUGUACAAAGAAUGAAUGCUAAUUCGAAAAUGAGGAAUUUUGAUGUGACUAAAGAACUGAGGAGAGUGAAGAGGUAUGACAAGGAUCCUCGGUGUGCAUCCUUUAGCUACGAUGAUAAGGAGAAGUUUAUAACACAUCCCCAUCCUAAGAAUAGUGGGAAUAAUUAUUAUUAUAAUAAUUCUGAUUGCGUCACUAAGAUUAAUGCCACAACGACAGACAUGGUGAUACAGCUGACGUUUGUCGAUGUAUUCCGUAUAGAGUAUCAUCCGGAGUGUGCUUAUGACUAUCUGGAGAUUCGAGACGGCUACUACGGUUACGCAGACCUCAUGGGCCGGUUUUGUGGCCAAGCCUUUCCAAGGACACUGAAGACGAAAGGACCCAACGUCUGGCUGAAGUUCCACUCAGACGACACGAUAGAAUACGAGGGGUUUAAGAUAAACAUCGAAUUCAAGGAUGGACCGAGCCACCACAUACCAGAAGAGUGCUACACGACGUUUGACGAGGACAAGUUCGGUGUGAUAGACACGAAGCAAAUUGACCCACUGUGCACCAGUAACUCCAACCAGGCGUUGGAUGUGCUUUGGAAGAUUGUCGUACCAGAAAAUAUGAAGAUUUACCUAAACUUCACACAGUACGGCUUGGCGAAGCCGAACGAGUGCAAUGAGAACAUUAUUCAAGUGUUUGAGACAGUCCACGAGGAACUAGACUCCAAGUUAGCAGAAUACUGUGGCUCCGUCGCCAACUCGGUGACGACCAAGGACCGCAAUGGUAACGUGAUGUAUGUGAGGUUGUAUGUCGCGAAGGAUGCUCGGAAGGACACCUCGUUCAAGGCCACUUUCAACGCGUAUAGAACUUUGGAUGCUAAUAGUGAUGAUAAAUGUGGUGAUGAUGAAUUCGACUGUGAAGACAAUACCUGCAUCGAUCUCCGUCUCCGAUGUGAUCAUGAUGCUCAUUGCCGUUUGAAGGCUGAUGAGGACAAGAGCAGAUGUGAUCUGAAACAAGAGUCCACAAUCAACCAGCCCCACAUCAUGGUGAUCCUGAUCAUCUUCUCUCUGAUCCUGUCCGGAAUGAGCUUCGUGUUCAUCUUCAAAUGCAUGAGGAAGCUGUACCAGGACCAUAAGAUUAUCAAGGAGCACAUUAGACAAUCAUGUGAAGAUCGCCUGGACAGUUUGGUGGGAAGCCGUCUCACACUGGACCCCAAGAGGCUACAGAGGGACAGUGAGCCUCGAGUGAGUUUAGAAAGAGAAAACCACAACAAUGAGAUGGUCAAGAAACAGAGGAGCUUCUCUUCAAAACAUAAGCAAUCAAGCAUAGAAUCCGAUUACCAAGAGACCCAUUUAGAUUUAGACGAAGAAAUAUGGAGAAGAGAAGUAGACAGCAUGCCAAUAGAAGAAGAUGUCUCCAUAGAACGAAAUGGAAGGGCAAGGAAAAGUGACUUCAGUAGAAAAGAAGAAUCAAUGAGAAGUAGAACUAAAGAGAGUGAGGACAGUCGAGAGAAGAAAGAGAUGAAAGAACAUAAGAGGGAGAUCAGAGAUGUGUCGGUUGGAGCGCCAGAUACUAAGGAGUCUGGCUGCCAGACUAGAGAGAGUCUGUUCCAAACUGAUGCUCCACCUAGUUCUGAUGGUUCCGGUACCAACAGCCGAGGGUUCUCAACGUUUGGGUACUCCGGAGCCACCAUCGUUAGGCCUUCGCCCCCAGCCACCACGAACACAUCAGAGAUCACCAUUGAACUCCUAAAGCAAAUACCUUCGCAGGAAUCUAAACCAUUGAAGAAAAUUCCUGACCGCCGUCCGAUAAGCACCGAGACUACACGGUCAGCUCCUGACGUCAUCAUCGUGUCCAAGCCGAUUCGCUGAGGGUGACCUUUGGGGCCCGCUCCAUGGGCCCCAAAACCCCCUGACUCCUGGUACCCCUUAGAACCGCGAAUGAGGCCAGAGGGGUCCUACCAACCGCACACUUGCCACCUCGACACGUUUUCAAAAAGCAUGUCUUUCGACAAUUGUGACGGUUAUUACAGCCAAUAUUUUGAUGAAAGACCAAAAUUAAUUUAUGAUUAUUGUCUUAAAAGUGAUUUUGAGUAUAAGAAGGCCCAGACUUUGCCCAGAAACUUGGGGUCUUCAGUGGACUAUAAGCCUAAAGUGUAUCCCCAGAGGAGUGUGUGUUUCUACGGCCUUGAUGAUGAGGAAGACUGUCCGAGGCCACGGAAGACAUUUGUUGUGCACGCGGAUAUCGAACCCCAUAGAUAACGUUUGUGAGAACUUUUUUAGCAUUUUUUUAAAUAGAUAAUGAUAAUAAGAUAAUAGAAAGAUUUAUUUUUGUUUCAGUUUGUUAAUGUAAGAUAAUGAAAUGUAGAUUUUUUUUGGAAAUUGUAGUUAUAUUUUGUUGUUUUGAUUAAUAUUACUGUUUUACCAAAAGUUGGUCAUGUUUUAGAAGGCUAUUUUUCCUACCCGAAAAAGGGUCUAAAAUGGUUGAAACCCCGUUAAUGGCUCUCUUGGGAGCCUAAAUACAGCCUAUCAGAAACGAUUUGGAAUAUGUCCCAAGAGAAAAUUAUAUGAAAAUUAUAGGUACAGAUACCAUUACAUUGAGAUAGAUGAAAUUUCAACUUUAUUCUUUUGGAAUAUAGUUGGAAAUCUAUUAACCAAAGAUAUUUUGGGUUAGUUUGAUAUGCUGGUAUUUGUACAUUUGUUUUUUUUUUUAUUAAAAUCUAAGAGAAACCAUUUUAUAUUGUUUUAAGUUUAAAUGAAUUGUUUUUAAAACAACAUGUUAAUAAUAAUUUUGUAAACAAAUGAACGCACAGGACUAUUUGUAUUGUAAUGUUUUACUUCUAUUACGCUCCUAACGAGCAAAGCGUGAAGUUAUGUAAAUAUAACCAAUCAACUGCCAGUAUUUAAAAUUAUGAAUAAAUAUGUAGAAAUAUUUUUGAAUGUCAACAAAAGUCAGUUAAAAUAAAAAUUAUUUUCCGAAUUGUGGAAAUAAAUAAUUUUAUUGUUUUGUGUGUUUUUAUAUUCAUGUAUUAGCUUGUUUGACCAAUUGAUCGGAAGCCACUAAGAAGAAGAAGUCUCGAGUUCGAUUCCAAUUAACAGACAUGGUGGUAUAUUACUGAAACUUUAGGGUUUCAUUCAUUCAACGUCACGCCCUUUAUCCCCGAAGAGGUGAUAGCCAGAGGGGUAUAUUACGGCACGUAAUGCCGCUAUACAAUGUAAUCUCACUUUUCACCAUUUGUGAUGUAAAUCCUAGGAGGUGAGCCCCAUAUACUAGGCACAUUUCCAGACCCCGUGCUACUACUGAGUAAUUUUCGGAAAACUGAAAAAGGCCAGCAAUACUUUGCCGAACCCGAAACCGGCCAACAAAGCAGUUUAGUGUUUCAAUAUUUCCGAAAUCAGAAAUUGCAACCAAAAGCAUAAUCAAAUUCUAUGCUUUGAACGGCUUGUACUGGUCACAAACAGAUGACGGUGAUAUUGCCAUGUUCUAUUUGAGGCCUAAGGCCUUAUUCCUGAUACCAGACAUGUUUUGUUGCUGAGCAUUCAUUUGAGCUCGAUUUCGGUACAAAAUUCAAAGGAUGGUCAAAAUUUGAUCAAAGAUAACAGUAAUUAAUAAACAGUGGCCUACGAUUUUGGUCAAAUCUGAGAAUCCACAACAAGGCAAUUUUUUAUAGUAAACAAUAAACGAGCUGAUGUAUCACCGGAUGGUAAACAAUCACCGCCACCCAUGGACACACGAAACAUCAUUGGCGUUAGUUGCGAAAAUUGUAAAGGGGGUAAUUGAGCCUCCGGUAAUCUCACUCACACAACCCAAGCGUUGUUGCACGUCGGUUUUCUGUGGUAUUACUCUGGUCGAGCCGGCCCAUUCGUGCCGUAGUAUGGUUUUCCCACACUUUAAAUAUCCUAUAAUUUAUCUACUAGGCUAUUGUAUUGAUGAAACAAAUACUCGUAAUAAACAAAUGUUUCUACUUCCAAAAUAUUUCUACAUAAAAUCUGAAUGCAAUAAAAUUGUGUUAAAUGAAAUUAAUAAAUUAAUUUACAUAUUUCGAAUUGUUGAAACUAUUAUCUAAGAUUUCUUAUGUAAAAACUUAAUUUUAAGAUACCUAGUAUUUCUUUAAAGUUGUUCGAAAUACUUGAAUUAGAUGAAUUCAGAAUUCAAUUUCAUGAAUAUGUAAAAUUGUGUUACAUUUAAAAAUUGAAUAUUUAUUCAAAAUAAAAAUGAAGUUUAUAAAUUUUGUUAAAAGAAUUGAAUAAUAAAAUAGAUUUAUUUAUAAAUGGAAUAAUAUUUUUAAAUUUAUGAA